AUGAGCGUGAGCAAUACUAUUUACGGUGUUGCUUUCCGUUCUUUAAGCACAUCUGAUGAGCAGCUUUAUAGGAAGACAGCUAGAUUUUACCAUUCGUUGGGGUUCCAAACGGUGAAGUUGUACGACAACUUUAAGAACCACGACGAUUCGCAUUUGAUUGUUGGUACUUCGAAGAAUUCUGUGAAGGAAUGCUGGUUGGAGUCGUUCAAGCUAUCGCAAGUUGAUGCUGAGGGAUUUAGAGUUCCACAGCAGGAGGCAUCGAACCAGGAUCAGAGUGAUGGUGUGAUGAUUAAGUUGAGAAUGGUUGAGAGCGAGCCAGCUGUUCAAAAGGCGGAUGUGAUUGUGUACUACACGGUGAGUUUGGAGGAAGUGGCCAAGUUUGGUGAGUCUUUGGAUGCGCACACGGUGAAGUUGGUGGACCCAUUGGGCAACACUAUCUUGGUAACUGACGAGGUUAGCGGGAAGAAGCUCAAUGCGGCUGAAUUCAUCGAGCCAAAGGACACGUCUGAUGAGCACAAGAUCACGAUUGACUUGGGAGACAAGGAUCAGAAGAAAAAGAAGAUCGCCGUUAUGACAUCCGGUGGUGACUCUCAAGGUAUGAAUGCUGCAGUUCGUGCAGUUGUAAGGACCGGUAUCUACUACGGGUGUGAUGUUUAUGCAGUUUACGAAGGUUACGAAGGUUUGGUUAAAGGUGGUGAUUUAUUGAAGAAGAUGGAAUGGCAAGAUGUCCGUGGAUGGCUAAGCGAGGGUGGUACUUUGAUCGGUACUGCUCGUAGUAAAGAGUUCAGAGAAAGAUGGGGUCGUAAGCAAGCUGCUGCUAACCUAAUAGAACAAGGUAUCGAUGCCUUGGUCGUGGUUGGUGGUGAUGGUUCCUUAACUGGUGCCGACUUGUUCAGAUCGGAAUGGCCAUCUUUGGUCGAUGAAUUAGUCAAGGAGGGUAAAUUUACCAAGGAACAGGUCGCCCCCUACCACAACUUGACCAUCGUUGGUAUGGUCGGUUCCAUUGACAACGAUAUGUCUGGUACCGAUUCCACCAUUGGUGCUUACUCUGCAUUGGAAAGAAUUUGUGAAAUGGUGGAUUACAUCGACGCCACCGCCAAGUCCCACUCAAGAGCUUUCGUCGUCGAAGUUAUGGGUAGACACUGUGGUUGGUUAGGUUUGAUGUCCGGUAUCGCUACUGCAGCCGACUACAUCUUUAUCCCAGAAAGAGCUGCUCCACACGGCAAAUGGCAAGACGAGUUGAAGCGUGUUUGCCAAAGACAUAGAGAAAAGGGCCGUAGAAACAACACUGUUAUCGUUGCUGAAGGUGCUGUCGAUGACCAAUUGAACCCAAUUACAGCCGAACAGAUUAAGGAUGUCUUGGUUGAGCUAGGUUUGGAUACCAAGAUUACCACUUUGGGUCACGUGCAAAGAGGUGGUACCGCAGUGGCUCACGACAGAUGGUUGGCUACCAUGCAAGGUGCCGAUGCUGUUAAGGCCAUCUUGGAAAUGACCCCAGAGACUCCUUCCCCAUUGAUCGGUAUCUUGGAAAACAAGGUUAUCAGAAUGCCAUUGGUGGAAUCUGUUAAGCUAACUAAGGAAGUCGCCACGGCCAUUGAAGCCAAGGAUUUCGACAAGGCCAUUUCCUUGCGUGACACAGAAUUCAUUGAAUUAUACGACAACUUCAUCUCUACCACAGUUAACGAUGACGGUUCUCAAUUGCUACCAGAGGGUGAAAGAUUAAACAUUGCUAUCGUCCACGUCGGUGCUCCAUCUGCUGCCUUGAACGCUGCUACCAGAGCCGCCACUUUGUACUGUCUUGCUCACGGUCACAAGCCAUAUGCUAUCAUGAACGGUUUCAGUGGUCUAAUACAAACUGGUCAAGUCAAGGAACUUUCAUGGAUCGAUGUUGAAGACUGGCACAACCUAGGUGGUUCUGAAAUCGGUACCAACAGAUCUGUCGCCGCUGAAGACAUGGGUACAAUUGCUUACUACUUCCAAAAGCAUAAGUUCGAUGGUAUCAUCAUCAUGGGUGGUUUCGAAGGUUUCAAGUCUUUGAAGCAACUAAGAGAUGGUCGUGAAGAAUACCCAAUUUUCAACAUUCCAAUGUGUCUGAUCCCAGCCACUGUUUCCAACAACGUUCCAGGUACUGAAUACUCCUUAGGUGCAGACACAUGUUUGAACGCAUUGGUGAAGUACACUGACGCUAUCAAGCAAUCUGCUGCAGCUUCUAGACGUAGAGUUUUCGUUGUCGAAGUCCAAGGUGGUCACUCUGGUUACGUUGCAUCUUUCACCGGUUUGGUCACCGGUGCUGUUUCUGUGUACACCCCAGAAAAGAAGAUUGACUUGCAAUCCAUCAAGGAGGAUUUGGCUCUCUUGAAGGAAAGUUUCAGAAACGACCAAGGUGAAACCAGAAACGGUAAGAUCUUGAUUAGAAACGAAAUGGCAUCCACUGUCUACACCACGGAACUACUAGCAGACCUAAUCACUGAACAAUCUAACAACAGAUUCGCCGUCAAGACUGCUAUCCCAGGUCACGUUCAACAAGGUGGUUUCCCAUCCUCCAAGGACCGUGUUGUGGCUUCCAGAUUCGCCGUCAAGUGUGUCAAGUUCAUUGAACAAUGGAACAAGAAGAACACCGAGGCAGAAAACAUGGACUACAAGAUCCUACGUUUCAACUACGUCAACGGUGUCAAGGAAUUCACCGUUCCUAACGAAGACGCAUCUGCCGCCGUCAUCUGUGUCAACGGAUCCAAGAUCUCCUUCAAGCCAAUCGCAGAGAUCUGGGAAAAGGAAACAGAUGUCAAGCUAAGAAAGGGUCACGACAUCCACUGGGAAGAAUAUAACGAAAUCGGAGACAUUCUUUCCGGUAGAUCUAUGCUAAGAAGAAAGUUGCAAGAAGAAAGCGAACAAGGGUCCUCAACUGGCAAUAGCACUCCGCUACCAGCCUCCGCUUAA